AUGGCGCUUUGUUUGCCUGGUGAUGAAGUGCCGCUGCAACCUGGUUCUCUCCCAGGCCCUGGGGUAGCUCUCGAUACCGACAGUGGACGAGCAUUUGCCACGACAGCAGGAGUGUUGAGGACGCUGGGCGACGAAGUGCGGGUGGAAAAUCUUAGGAAGAGAUACAUUCCCCGCAAGGGAGAUUACAUUGUUGGGAUCAUUAUGUCGCGCAGUGCAGACUUUUACAAGGUCGAAAUACGGGCUCCUUCGCCGGCUUUUCUUCCCACACUUGCGUGGAACGGAGCCACGAAAAGAAAUCGGCCUUUGCUGGAGAUCGGCAUGCUGGUGUACGCAAGGGUCGAGGCAGCGCAUCCGGACCUGGAUACCGAAUUGUCGUGCGUGGACCCAGACACAAAAAAGUCAUGGAACACUGGUGAGGUGUUGCUGGGAGAGUUGAAGGGUGGCCUGAGCUUUGAGGUGACCCUCACUGCAGCACAGCGGCUUCUAGCCAUCGACUGCUUCAUCCUGGAUCGGCUGGGCAAGGACUUUUCCUACGAGCUCUGCGUGGGCCAAAACGGGAGAGUUUGGUUGGUGGCGGCGACUGCCAGAGAAACAGUGCUUUUGCUGCAGGCGAUCAAACGGAGCUUUGGCAUGACCAACGUACAAAUCGAGGUGUAUUUGCUCUCACGACUCCAGAAUUGUGGUGCAGCGGUAAUCGGCACAGUUUCACCGUCUUGGCAGACGUUUUCUUUUUAUGGGUGGCGGGGCAGCCGAUGGAAUGAUGCCAUGCCGAAGAAGAAGAAGAGCACCGGGACCUCAGCUGCAGAAGGCUACGCAGAAGACCCAGGUGAUGCAAGACUCUCGGCUGUGGUAUCCGCAGAUGCAUGGACCAAGGUCCAACCAUGGUUCCAGCGAAAGGGUGGUGUCGCAGACACUUCUAAAAUAGCGUUACGAGAGGCAGAUGGGGACCGAAAUGUUGUGGCAGUUGCCGGUUUGAGCAAAGGCGAAGCGAUCUUUCGUGUUCCUGCGCAGAUAUGGUUCACUGCUGAAGGCUUGUCCUCACACGAGGCAGGGAGAGCGGCUCUGAAGUGGGCUGAACGUGCAUCAGAGGAGGUCGGCCUGUCUGCAGAGCACGUGGAGCUUUGCUUGCUUGCCGUGCUAAUCCUGCUGGAGGGAGCAAAGACUGCUUUUUGGUCCGACUACGUUGCUGCCUUGCCUUGGUCCACGACCUCCUUACCGCUCAGCUGGACGCCGGAGCGACUCUCGACGCUCAAUGGUGCAGCGCCGCAGUGGCAGAUCCAGGAGAAGAAGAGCCAGCUAGCCAGGGCCUACUCUUCUGUGGUCAAUGCAUUGCAGGCUUCUGCGAGGAACGCUUUUCAGUCUGCAUGCCCGAGCAGCGACGCGUUCAUCAAAGCUUUCUCGCUUGCACAGUCCCGUGCGAUGGGCAUACGAUCUGUAGGCGAACAAGGAAGAUGCUGGAACCUUGCCAUGCUUCCCUUCGUGGACAUGCUAAACCACUCACGCCAGCCUGAAGUUGACUGGGAUGUUGUCCGAACCAAGGAUGCUGGCUUGUGCGUCGUUGGGCGGACCAAGUGCGAUGUCAAGGCUGGCACAGAACUUCGGAUCCGCUACCAGUUCGCCUCCGCACAGGCCUUCUUUGCCACGUAUGGCUUUGUGGAAGACGUGGAGGAAGUUAGGCCGACGGAACUGAGGUUGGCCAUCGACGGUGCAGGUGUGCCAGCCGUGCUGAACGUAACAUCCGCCCAGUCCCUGCGGAAGCUCCUUUCGCGCUGCAGGGUGCAGGUGGCCACCGCCGAGGAGUUGAAGGGAGCUCGCGACUUGGAAGAUGCAGCACGCUUUCCUCUGUCACAGAGAUGUGAAAUGGCUGCAUUCCGCCGCUUGCAGGAUCUUGUUCAGCAGCGCGUCCAAGACCUUGAGAUGCGGUCAGAUGGAGUUGAUGUCACGGUGCGGAGACUCCGUGAUGCAGAUGGCAGAGGAUGGAGAAGGGUGGACUACUUCGUGCAGUCGGUCUUGGCAAGCCUUCAGGAACCGGGAAGCGAGCUGAGUGCAACAAGGCUUGCGGUGCUGGUGCACUCCAGGAUGCCAAUUUGCACAGGAGAUGUGCAACGACAGUGGCAGUCCGCCACCUUUGUCAGCCAGAAGAUGUCGAUUCGAGACGAAGGCGGAGAGAAGGGCAGAGGGUAUUUCGCAAACAGGAGCAUUUCGGCGGGUGAGCUACUGCUCUCCGAGGAGCCCCAUGUUUUCAACCCAGACGAUGAUGACUUCGGUGCUGUUGCUGCUGUUCAUGCGCUGGCAGCUGAGGAGGAAGGUAGCGAGUUGAGAGUGCCUGCAGCAGAAAUUGACAGUAUCAGCGAGGCGGAGGCUUUCCGUUGGCUGUCGGGCAUACCCAGUUUGACAAAGGCCGCGAAUCUGCUGCAUCGCUGCUGCAUCCUGAUCAGACUAGCAUUCGGCCAUUCGUUAGAGUGA